AUAUUAUUGUCACGUAAUCGUAAAUAAGUAAUAAAAUUAUUGAAUGCGCUACAAGCCAUAAAUUUUCUACCUUCUUCGAGUUUCCACAAUCAAUGCAAAUUACGUGCAAAACAAGAAUCAACACAAAGGGUUCUGUCACAGAAGUUCGCGUCACGACGAGCAAGCUUUGUCACUUACGAGAUAAUGAGAAAAUAUCUCGAGUAUUCAUCAACUGUGAAAAUAUCGAUAUAACGCGGGAAAAACGCAUUUCUCGUCAGUUCGCGCGCAAACGCCGCAGCGCGUGUACGCAUGACUACAUAAAAUGCGCGGGAAAGCUACCGAAACAUAGCUCGAACCAAGUGCCUUAAAGUUAGUUGUUAAAAAUAAUGUGAUAGCUAUUAUUAAGUGAAAUUAUUGCCCUGUGAUAUUGUGUACGGACUUGUUAUUAUAUUUUUUGUAAAAGUGCAAUUUUUACAGCAUGGCGGACGAAAAGAACGAUUCGGUGCCAUUCAUCAAGAAUGGAGUAUCCGCCACCAUCACGAAGACCCCGAUCCCUGACAAGAAAGCAAGCAAGGCAGGGAGGGGUAAAGCACUUAAGCAAGUGUUGGCAUCUUUCGUCGCCAACCUCGGAACCAUCAAUACUGGAAUGGCUUUCGGGUUUUCCGCUACUUCUCUACCGCAGUUGAAGAGUCCAGAUUCUUUUAUACACAUUAAUGAUAAUCAGGCUAGUUGGAUCGCGAGUUUAAGUGCAGCGGGCACACCAAUAGGAUGUCUUCUCAGCGGUUACUUAAUGGACAACAUCGGUCGCCGGAGGACGCUCAUCAUCACAGAGAUCCCAUUGAUGCUCGGCUGGCUCUUGAUCGCCUUCGCGCAGAAUGUUCCUAUGAUUUACGCUGGACGACUGAUGAUCGGAUUCGGAUCGGGUAUGGUGGGUGCUCCGGCCAGAGUGUACACCUGUGAAGUAUCUCAGCCACAUCUCAGAGGGAUGCUGGGGGCUCUCGCCUCUGUCGGUGUCUCUACGGGAGUUUUGAUACAGUACGUAAUAGGCAGUGUGACAUCAUGGAAUAUACUCGCAGGCAUCAGUGCAACGGUUCCGAUUCUCUCAUUCCUCGGCAUGCUGCUUCUACCGGAGACUCCGAACUACCUCCUGCAGCAGGAUAAGAGAGAGAGAGCUGAGAGUUCUCUCGCCAAGCUACGCGGUUCCACCUGCAAUCUGGAAGAUGAGAUAAACAAGAUGAUUGCCUUCAAAGAGAAGAAUCAUGUUGAACCGUUACACGGCCCCCGUGAGAUCAUAAAGGCCCUCCUGUCACCGUCCACUCUGAAGCCUUUCACAAUCCUCGCCAUCUACUUCUUCGUGUACCAAUGGUGCGGCGUCAACACCAUCACUUUCUAUGCCGUCGAGGUGUUUGAGGCCUCAGGUGCUAUGAGUGACAAGUACUGGCUGACAAUAUCCAUGGGUAUCAUCCGAGUGAUAUUCACCGUCAUUGGAUGUAUACUGUGCAGGAAGUGUGGCAGAAGGAUCCUUACCUUCGUCUCUGGUUUCGGUUGCGGCAUCACCAUGAUAAUCCUGGCAGUAUACAUGUACUUCGUGAAGUUCUGGAAGGACAACGACCUCCCUCCGCAGUACUCCUGGAUCCCAGUCGCCAGCAUCUACAUCUUCGUCGUCUCCUGCACCCUCGGCUACCUCAUCAUACCCUGGGUUAUGAUCGGAGAAGUGUAUCCGACACAGGUCCGUGGUAUAGUGGGUGGUCUAACCACGUGCGUGGCUCAUAUGUCCGUGUUUUCCGUCGUCAAGACAUUCCCCUUCCUCAAGCAAAACCUUAACGACUACGGCGUCUUUGGACUCUACGGAUCCAUGUCUUUGCUUGCAUUAAUAUUCUUCUACUUCUGCCUGCCUGAAACUAAAGGCAAGACUUUACAAGAGAUUGAAGAUUACUUUAGCGGUAGAACAAAGUCCCUUACGAGGCGCAACACGCAAUGCGAGGGAGCGUGAGUUGCAGUUUACAAGUGUCCAAACAACGUCAAGUGACAUUACAUCGUGAAGUGUCAUUACAAAUUUAAGUGACAUUUCAACGUGAAGUGUCAUAAUAUCCACAACUGGUUUGAAAGACCUUUAUGUUUGUAUACAUAAUUGUCUCGAAAGUACAAAAUGGGUCUUAUAUUAUACUGUGUGUAAAUUUUCUACACCCUGAAAUUUUCGUUUUUCUUUUAGACUCGAAAAUAUCGAAGCUUGUCAUUAUAAAGUAAUUGUUAAAUAUUAUGAACUAUUCAAAUGUUAUUAUUUUUCAUUUAAAUUCUUGGCUUUUAAAUCAACUUAGUAGAUGUAUUAUCUGUACAUAUUGUAAUUUCGUGUUACCGAUUAUUUCUUAAGACAGCAAAGCUGCAAGUUUACACCAAAAUAAGUUUUUGUUAAUUAAUUUUUAAUAUUAAAUUAUACACACGCAUCUACUCAAAUAUUUACUAUUAGCCAAAAAUAAUUGAAAUUUAUUGGAUAGUUAUAACGAGAAUUACAACUAUAGAAAUUAUUAUAAUCAAUGAAAACAUGGAAAUAAACUAAUUUAUGUAGAGAGGAACUACUAAAGAUACUGAAAAGCUGUGCCUUCCGAUUUGAGGCAUUUUUAUUUACUUAAUUUGUAUGAAUAAUGUUUGUGUGUUUUGUAAAUAUUUUAAAGCUUAUUUCACGUAUUUAAUAAUUAUGUAAAAUAUUUACAGCCGUUAACGCUGAUAAAAUCGCUUUUUUUACAUAUUUGUUCUUUAAGAGUAUUAAAGUAAUUAAAUUAUUCAAACGACAUCUAGUCUCAAACAUACAAGAUACUUACAGAAAGUAUACAGAAAAAUUACACCUACACACAGAUUAAAUCAUUGUUCCCAUCACACAUACAUUUCUCAGCAACUCCCCCUUUCAGGCCACUAACUACUAGACCGACAGGUCAGUCUGUAUUACACGAAAUUGAGCGAUUUUGUCAUCAUUAACACUUAGAUAGUCACUUGUCUGCGGUGCCAGACUUGGAACAAGAUAUAUUAUUUUACGUUUAUAUUAUUCAUUGUUAAGUUUGUAAUAUUUCGUGAGAAUGGGCUUUAAAUGCGAUUCGUUAUGUGAUGUGAUAUUGUAUAUUUUGUGAAAGUAUUAUAUUGUAGUCUUUACUAAGAUUAGUCUAAAUAAACUCUAUUUUUGUAGACACUGUACAGUUGAA